GAAAAAGAAAAGGAAGGGAAGUGGCAGAAAAUCAGAAGCCAGCUCUCCUACCCAACAUGGCACUGAAUUGGAUUCUGAUCCUGCUCUUCCUUUUGGGACUCACUGUGACUUCAGUAGCACACACUCCACUUUGCAGUUACAAUGAGGAUACGACUCGCUGUGUGUGCAAUGUAAUGGUCAUACAAUCCCCAGAGAGUCUGUUUUGUUUCUUGGCCCGAGAGCUGGAGCUGAGAGAUGGCAACCUGGAGUUAAAUUUGAGGAGUAUAACCUCAAAUGUAAAUUUUAUUCAGCUCUAUAGGAUUAAAAAACUGAUUUUCAACAAUGUCACAAUAUCCGAUUCGUCCUUUCAUGAAAUGAUCAGUUUUCUGUCCCUGUCGCAAUUAAAUGAUAUUGAAAUUAUUUCCUCCACUAUUGAUGUUGUCCAGCCGUUCCUGCUUAUCCAUGCACUGAAGCCAUCUGAAAUUCAAACCCCUCGGCUAGAGGAAGUGACAGUGGACUCCUCUUUCCUUCAGCCCCCCUUCCAGGCACUCCACCAUUGGGUGUUUGGCUCCCUGACCUCCUUUGGUCUUGUCCGUUCCUGCCUGUUUGAGUUCAACUGCUACUGGGCUCAUAAAGCAGAAAACCUGACUCUCCUGGAUCUGUCAGAAAACACCAUCUCUCUCAUAAGCCUGCAGAAUAUCUCACAUUGCUCCUCUGUUUCAUUCAAGAAUCUGAAAUCUCUUCAUCUUAGAAACAGCAACCUGACCUCCCUGCAGCCUCUCUGCACACUCCUGAAUCUCACCACAGCCCUCACUGACCUCGAUGUCAGCAGGAACAAUUUCACCAUCUUCCAUUUUCCACACUGCCUCCAGGUGAAGCCACUCAGGAUGCUCAAUCUCUCUCACUCAGGGAUCAAGGAGGUUAACUCGUUCCUCUCUGCGUCUCUGGAAGAACUGGAUCUAAGUUAUAAUUCUCUGGAGGUGUUUAAUAAUCCACCACAGACCCUGAAAAAACUGAACUUAGCCAACAACCACCUCAUAAACCUCCACUUUCUGGGUAACCUAUCCUAUCUCAAAGAUCUAAAUGUGGACAGUAACCAGCUCACAGUCUUGACAGAUCAGACAAACGUUGGUCUGAGUGCACUGCGGCAGCUUGAUGUUCUCCAUGCAGGAAGGAACCCAUAUCAGUGUGACUGUAACCUAUCUGAGACCGUCCUUCUACUGAACAAUGCAAACAGUGCAUCUGUGGAUCCUCACAUGUUCCUGUGUGCCACACCAGAGGUCCAGAAAGGGAAUCAAAUAAUGAAAUAUUCCUUUGAAACAUGUGUGAAGCCAAUCAGUAGGGUACAGCAUUACCGACCUCAUCUCUGUGUGACACUCUUCAUGGGUUUAGUGUCACAACUGAUUAAUACAUAUUGAUCUUUGCAGCAGGCAUUAUUGUUGGUCUACAGUAUAUCUUCGAAAAAUACCUUGUAGAAUGUUCGUAAUCAAUGGCUUGGGUAUAGGUGAAAUAAUCAUUGAAAUGCAUAUUUAUCAGUCAUUCUUUUAGUUACCAGGUUAUAAGAAAUCUUGUUGUUCAAAUGGAU